UAGUCUAAGCUCGAAGCAGGCAAACACAAAUUAGAACAUAAUCCGUGCGUAUGUCAAAGCGUUAUCUCGCGCGAGAUCUCGCCAAGAAGUCAGCUGUGACCUUUCACUCCGGGUAAACGCCCGGAUUUGUCCGCUCAUGGAAGAAAGGGAAGGAACGUCGGCCGUGGCAGCGAGGGAGGCAGCAUCGUGGACCGGCGCGCACAUCUCGGCAGAUUUCGGUCGGUCGCCGCGAAAGGGGGAUUUCAUCCCCCGGAGAGGCGACAGGCAGCCGAGCGCGGCCGAGGUCACGCGGAGAGGAUCGAAGCGCGGCUUCCGCGCGCGCGCUCCGUCGUCGCGGGUGACGGCGACGUGGGGUAGGGGGUGGCCGAUUGUCAGUCGCACGCCGGUCGUUGAAUGGAGCGGGUGUGGAGACGUGUACAAGGUGCCGGGCGUCGCAGUGCCGUCGCGGCCCGCUGCGGUUGCCCCGUGCAGCCCUGCCAGCUGCACGUGGACCAACGCGCGAAACGCGGCGGAGGCGGCCGGAAGUCCCGGGGCGGCGGGCCCCAGACCAUCGUCUGCGGUUGCCAGGUACAACCGUGUCCGGUGCACCCGGUCCUCAUCAGAAUCCGCCGUACGCGACCAGCCGGAGGAGCUUCUUCCGCCACUGCCGCCGUCACCAGCUGCGAUUGUCCGCCAGACUCGCAACCCUGUCCGCACCAACGAGGGUCGGCCGGGCGAAGGAUUAGAAGAUCCGAGUGCACCGAUCGUUCCUGCCGGCACACAAGCUGCGGCGCCGGCACUCGUCGCCGAGUCGCGCAAUCCUCAUCCUCUCCUGUUUCCUCGACGCAUUUGCAGCAGCAUCCGUGCGAAUGCACCGACGAGAGAUCGAACUGCGGGCACGCAGGCGGCGGCGAGGCGCCGUGCGAGUGCGAGUGUGGCGAGGAGGCGAAGCCGUGUCCGCACACGGCCAAAACGCACCGCGUGCGUCGCACGUGCACGGACUGCAGCGAAUGCACUCAGCCGUGCGGUCACAAACCGCAGUCCGAGGGCCGCAUCAAGCGGGUCAAGUGCCGUGUGAGACGCGCCGGCUGCGCGAUGGCCCGCUGCACCGCUGAGCUCGCGAUGCUGCAUCUGCACUGGGAGCUCGCCGCCGAAUGUGCGCCCUGUAGACCGCGCGCGCUCACACGACGGCUCUGCAGGAGGCAGCAGAGCGACAACGAACUCUAUCGCAGCAACAGUUUCAAGUUCGAGCGUUUCGAGCGUACCAAAGACGAGUGCGUCACGCCGCUCCACAAGCAGGUAUCGCUGUGCGACGAUUAUAGUUUGCCCGUCGACUUUGUGAACAAGAGACGUCCUGCCAGCGCCGCAGCUGCAACUUCCACGGUGCAAUGGACCCUGCCAAGUCCGACUGUAGAGAAUGCGGAAGUCGAGGUUGUGGAACAAUACAGCGACCCUAGAGACAGCAAGAGCAAAGCGUAUAUCGAGCCGGGAGCUGAGUCGUCUUUGCCGACGAUUUACAGAGCAAAUCGCAACUAUUGUCGACCUUACACAGAUCCGUCGGCAUCCGGCUCAUCCUGCGAGGACGACGAGGAGAGACGGCUCGUCAGCGUCAGAAAGCGGAAGAACAGCAUCUACGCUACCUCCUCGACUCGCGCUCCAUCGGCGGAUCGAGAUACUUUAACGUCGACCGAUGGCCUGCUCAUCGACUGCGUCGCUCUAGUACAUCUCGCUGACCAAUCCCCGACCGAACCCCAACCGGUGCGUCAUCCGUCGCCGUAUUACUACGGCGAUCUCUUCAAGGUCCCGGAGCAGGUGGCCAAGUCGCAGCCGAACAAGUAUCGGAAAAGCGUCAGCCUCGAUGUACCGGGCGAGCGUUCCCGCACACCCGGUAUACCGAAGAGGAACUCGGUAGCGGGUGAUGGCGGUUCUUACGCGACGCAACCACGGCAUUAUCAGCAACAGCAGCAACCGCCGCCGCCGCCGCCACCGCCGCAUUAUCGAAGCCAGGACCUGGUGAGCCCCACCUCGGGGAACGAGCAUGCUGUCCCAGCCAGAGGCGAGAUCCUCUCGUCGUGUAUCAUCACCGAGUGGGAUCACACCCUCAUGCCACCUCAUAGACUGUUGAGCCAUGAUUUGCCCACCGCCGUUUGCACGUGCGUCGCAUCGCCCGAGGAAGAGGAGGAUGAGUUAGAACGACGGCAGCCGCAAGUGACGCGGCAUCAGGUGCGCAAAUUACGACGUACACGGAGGAUAGAUCCGCAACCGAUCCUCGUCGAGGACGAAGACGACGUGGAGGGUGAAGACGAGGGGGAAGAGGAAGAGGACGCGGAGCUCGAGGACGAGGACGAGGAAGGGAUGGCCAGGCAACGUCACCUUUACGAAACGGCCUUCGAUUGCAAGGUCAAUCGAUCCGACGAUGAUCUCGAUGAUCUCGAUCGCAUAACCAACCAUGCGGUGCUGCACUCUCAAAUGCGGAGCAGCAGUGCCGCGCUCGUGAGCAGAACGAGUUCGUCAACAGACACAUCGAAACAGCAACAUGCGCAGCCACCUCCUUACGCCGGCCAGUCGCAAUCAAGCAAGGACCAUCGACGCAAAGUCGUACUUCUCCGCCCAAAACCGAUUCCGAGCCGCUUGCAGCAGCAGCAGCAGCAGCAACAGCAACAACAACAGCAACAGCAAUCAGACAAUAUAUCCACUCUGUCCCAGGAUAUCGAGUCCCUCCAAAUAAAUUCGAGCGAUGAGAAAACGGGAUCGCCGAGAUUACCCGCUCGCGAUUAUACGCCAUCGCCACCAUCGACCGCGCCUCUACCCGCGAAAUUUCACGGGAACCGAGAUCACUUGCUGCUGAACAUUCGCAGCGCGCCGAAUCUCCCCUCGCAGCCUGACUAUCCUCGUUUGAAGGACAUGAGGCUGCCGGUGAAGUCAUUGCGCGCCAAGGAUUCGCCGCAGAGCAGCGAGGGCAGCAUUCUCGAGAUCAAGAGUCGGCCGAAGACCUUCGUUCAGGAGAACAUCGACUCCUCGCAGAGUCGUCGAUUCGACAAGGAACUGAUUUUGGAGUUCAAAGACAGGCCCCGGGAGGAGCGGCAACGGCCGCGCAGUCUGAUUCGCGAGAACAGGCCGAUAAUGGAGUUCAAGGGCAGGCCUCACGAAGCGGAGAGCGAUCUCGCGAGACCGGCGCGACGAGAAGCCGGUCUCUUAGAGUUCAAGCUGCGCACUCCGCGACGUCGGGUCGGCUACUCCAGUACUGAGAGUAUGGCGACCAGCAGUAGCGGUGGUAGCAUGGAAUCCAUCAGGAGUAGCACCAGCGAGGGCAACCGCUCCACCAGCAGCUCCGACAGUCGACACAGCACCAGGUCUUUGAGUUCCCACAGCUCGGAUAGCGGCAGCAACUGCUUCCAUCACCAACAUCCAUCGUCCCUAUCGGGCUUCCUGACUCAUCACGCCACCAAGUUGCACAUUCUCUCGCCGAUCUCCGACAAAUCGUCGCAAGAGCCGGCCUCGGAGACUUCCGACAACAAUCGUAAUAACAAUUCGCAGAAGGCCUCGCCUGAGGAGAACGUCAUCACGGAGAAUAACGUCACCGCGGGUAACAACACGAACGCGGUCACCUCGCCUAUGGACACGUCCUUCAAGAAGCGACGAACACCGCAGAACAAGAAUCUCAUUAAUCUGGCACUACAGUCGUCGUCGUCGGGCGAUGCGGAGAUUCAAGGAUCGGACAGCGGGAUUUCCAUCGAGUCCCGCGCGGGCAUCAAGUGUAAACUUGGCUUCCACUUGCUGAAGCCGCAGCUAGACAAUAUCAAUUUCGUCGACAACGAGCCGGAACUGUCGGAUUUACCCUUCGACAUGCCGAAGCUUCGUAGGAGACGACUGCUAAUGCAACAGGACGCUACUACAUCCGGAAGCGCGACCAGUGUCGACUUGAGAGAUCUGCCUUUCGACAUGCCGAAACUCAGGAAACGCCUCAGAUGUACUCAGAGCAUCGAAUCCAGCGCGUCUCAGGCGUCGUCCAGUCUUUCGGUACGCGAUAUGGAGCCAUCUCCUUUAUUUGGCGGCGGUCUGUCGCGCCCGAAGAUGACUCUGAAUCUGGAUGCCGGUGGGAAUGCGGCGGGGACGAGCUGCGGAAUUCCGGGCGGCGGUUUAUUGGCGCCGAAGAAACCUGGCUUGAGCCUCGGCUUACCGCUGGAGAUCAGUACCGCACGGAUAUCAGCUGAUCUGGUGGACGUGGAGCUUCCGUUGGAGAGACAAGGGUGGUAUCACGGCUCCAUCACGCGCAUCGAGGCGGAAGGUCUCUUGCGAGUUCAUCAGGAAGGAAGUUAUCUGGUGAGGAACAGCGAAUCGACCAAGCAGGAUUAUUCUCUGUCUUUGAAGAGCGCUCGCGGUUUCAUGCAUAUGCGCAUCCAAAAGAAUGAGGAAUUAAACGCUUACAUCCUGGGACAGUUUAGCAAACCGUUCGAGAACAUACCGGAAAUGGUCCGUCAUUUUAGCGUGAAUCGUCUUCCGAUACGCGGUGCCGAGCACAUGUGUCUCUUGCAUCCGGUUAUAGUUCAGCUUUUGUAGCGCAUCUAUCGUAGCGCCAUUUAAGGUGCUGUACCUCUUUUUGAUAAUCUGCUUUUUUUCCCGCCGAAGCGCGCGGUUUGGCAAUGAACGAGCUUGAUACAGCAAAGAUACGGAAUGUCGGAGAAUAUAUUGUUUCUCCGUGCGAUUCUCCGAGAGUCUUCCGAACUGUUCACGAAUGAUACGUGAGUGACUUCCUCCGAGAUUUCUCCGUAUCAAUUUCGUAUUUCGGUUGAACGAAUCGAAUUCCGCACGAAGAACGUCAGAGAUAAUGGACAAUAAUGGCAUCGACGGGAGAUACCGUUCCGUCAUAAAAUGUUACAGGGGAAAGUACGAAUACAGUACAAAAGUAUAAACAGUGACUGAGGGAAGCUACUUAACGGUACACAGUACGAUCGAUCAGGCGAGAACGUCCGGGUUCGUGCAAUUUGUAGCGAGAGAAACCGAUGUUUAAAGUAUGCAUGAAGAAUCUCAGGUUCCGCUCCGAGUGAAAGGAAACUUUCUCAUAACGUUAAUAUACCAUCGUCUUUUCGAUAACAAUUUAAUUUCUACGCUCGAGUCCAAAGCUUCCAUUGCACAAUAGAAUUAGAAUCGAUAAGGACGACUACGUAUCCGAAUAUUUGAAAACGUAAAGAUCGGUAAACAUGCUUCGUCUUCCUCGAAAACAUCGCGUAAACCUACCUCAUAAGCAGACGCAUGCAUCGUAAUAUGGCGUACAGACGAUCGUUGCGAUAUCAGAAGCAUCGUAAUGGAAGAACUCGAGGAGCGAUUUUAUCUCAAACAGAUACAAAUUAUUAUUCGCAGUGGUAAUUGCUCGCAAUAAAUUUCACGAGGGAUAACGAUUCGAAAAAGUAUACGUAAAAACGCAUUAUUACCCGGCUAAUGAGUUUGCCAAUUCGUUAUAAAGGUUGUUCCUCGAGUCCGCGAUCACGCGGAUUUUACGAAAGAAACUAUUUCGAUGGGAUCAGAAACGCUGCUUUACGAAACGGUAAUUUAAGUAAGAAAGAGAACGGGAGGUAUUGUACGUACUAGGUUUAACGAGAGAGAAAUGUAACGAGAAUAGUAAUGACCCGACAUGGCAUUGAGCUACAAUAAAAAUAAUCCUAAUAUCCACUAAAAAAAGGCGAAGAAAAGCUGGACGGGCGCGAAGCAAGCGCGAAGAGAUGCCAAACUUUACUUCUAAUCAUAAUCGUUUAGUCAGGGUUUAGUUGUCCAUCGUCAUUGAUAAGUAAUUAAGUUUAGAUUUAGGUUUAGAUUAUUAAGCGAGCAUAUAUAAAAAUAAUUUACAAGAAAUUUGAAUCGGCAAUUAUUGCGAGUUUUGGAUGAAACAAUCGCUGUUUUGGCGAGGGUUUUGUGUAAUGUCGUAAAAAAAAAAAAAAAAAAAAAAAAUUAAAAAAUGACGAAGGAGAUAUAUAACGCGCUUUUCUGCAAAAAGACGCGAGCGUCGAUAAUGAAUGCGACGAGAAUAGAGAGAGAGAGAGAGAGAGAGAGAGAGAGAAGAGAUGAUUGAAGUCAACCAAUCUGAAUCAUCGGUGACUCGUCAUCCGAGUCAUCCGUCCGACAGUCCCUAUAUAGCGACACAUUCGCGGGAGAGUUUUGCGAUAGAAUGCAACCGAUACAUAUUUUUUCAUGUGAUAUUAAUUUGUUACAGAGAUAGCCUAGUUUUACCUGUGAUCUUUUACCUUAAUUUCCCUUGUCCGAUAAUAAAUAAAUUAAACUUGCUAUUGUGUAAUUUACGUAGCCAGCAACGACGCGUCGGUCAGGCGCGAUGAUGAGACGUCCGUGGUGUCACAAUAAUUUUUCGGAUUAAGAAUUCGAUUCGCAGUGGUUGUGAACGAAUUUAAGUUAGCUAUUGCGAUGGCAAGAAGGAGUUUUUUGCUUAAUAUUAAAUAGUGACGUAGGGAACUUAUACGACGAUCGGUAGCGAGUGCCAGCAUCGUGUGCCAGAAUAGUUGAUACUCUCUUUCAAUCGUUUGACAAUUCUCUCGUGAUAUCUUGUUAAAAACGAUUUUAUUAGUUUCCUAAUUAAGAAAAGUAAUAUUUUAAAUUCAAAUCGAAAUAUAAAUGAAUUAUGCACGAGGCACUCUCUACUUUCGCGUCCGAUUAAGUUGAGUGUAAUUCGUACGUAUUUUAAGCUGCCAGUAUUAUUAACUGUAAUCGAUAAUGCAUAUCCAUGUUAACGUUUAAGACAUUAUUAUUGUCCCCAUAGUCCUGCAAUUGAUACAUUGAGAAACUAUAAUCUAUAUAUUUAUUUCAUCAUUAUAUUCAUUGCAUUGGGUAUGAUGAUAACGAUGAGGUUUCUGUACGCCGUUGAUUUAAUCGCGAAAUCAUAGAGCUCUGUAGUUCUAUGGUAUUGUAAUUCUAGAGAAUCCGUAAAAACGUAGAUUACUACUUAUCGAGAGAUAUAGUACGUAAAUUAUAUGGUAGACACUAACUUGUAGAUACUUCCUGUACCUUCAAAUUUGUAUGAAGUAGCAUUUAGAUCAUACCAUAUACAUAUAGUAUAUAUAUAUAAAUAUAUAUAUAUAUAAAUAUAUAUAUAUAUAUUAUUAUUAUAAAAAAGAUAUUAGCACAUAAUAUCGUUUGUAGGGUACGUAAUGUUAAGAUCGAGCAAUGCGGAGUGAGUCCAAUGAAUACCUUGAGUACUGUUUACGCCCUUUAACGUAAACGGAUCUCGGACGGCGAUGUGCAAUAUUCUGACACGGUCUCACAGGACUGUACAUUCGUAAAGUACGCGAGCCAAUAUUUUUGUUCCAACAAGCAGAUCACGAAUGUUCCAAAUCGACUUUAUUAGAUAGUCUUGUAUACUCUGGAAAUUUCUCUUAAUUAAUAAUAAAACAAAAACGUAAUAACUCCAA